AUGUGCUUUGGAACACCACAAACAACAGCACCGUGGCUUAUAAACGAGGAAGGCUCGCUAAAAGUCUUGGAAGCCGCCCACCACCACGGAAUCAACACAUGGUUUACUUCAAACGCGUACUCAAACGGAGCCAGUGAGAAAAUGAUUGACAAGCAUUCCCGAGAAAAGCUAGUGCUCAUGACCAAGUGUGGCCUGCAUAUCGGAGAAGAGAUGGACGUGAACGAAGCCACCUUUCCUGACGAAAUGAACCAAAGCAAAGACUACACCUGCAACCCUGUUCUGAUCCCUGAAAGGCUUAUAGGCUUGAGCCGCAGCACCAGCUUUCAAGCGGCCAAUUGCUCUCUAGCCCGGCUGGGCACUAAAUACAUCGAUCUCCCACAAGCCCAACGCUAUGAUUACCUGAAACCACCGGAAGAAACAAUGAAAGCGCUGCAUGACCUCGUACAGGCGGGCAAAAUCCGCUACCUCGGUACGAGCUCGAUUAAGCGACACAAUUCGCGCGGCUGCAGUUCCUGGUGGAAAAGAACGAGUGAACCAAGUUUCUCAGAAGAGAUUGAGAUGAACCGUUAUUGUGAAGGGACUGGUGUAGGACUUAUUCCCUGUCGCCUUUGUUUGCGGGAAGGCUGGCUUUCCUCGUAUCAACACCCCGGUUUGACCGAGGCCGACAGAUGUAUCAUUAAGCGUGUUCAAGGUGUGGCAGAGAAGAAGGACUGGAAGAUGAGCCAUGUUGCUUUGAUAUGGCUGAAGACCAAAGGUGCUAUCCCAAAUGUGGGCUGCACGUCAUUAAAACGAUUGGCGAGAUGUGUGAGCUUAAAAGGAAGAUUUUGA